AUGUCUUAUAAGCAUUUAACUAAGAUCUCUGAACGGUUUCUGAAGCAAACUUCAAGGAGUUCAAUGCCUUCGAGUUAUUUCAAGAAACUUCAAAACCGUACUACUCCAGAAUUUAUGAAAACAGAUCUGCCUCACGUUAAAGAUAGUGAAAAGUUCAGCGAUUACAAAGAUUGGAAGUUCCUACCUGGUGAUAGAGUUGUUAUAACGAAAAGCGGCGAAUGGAAGGGCCAGGUUGCGAAAAUUACCACCCUAGACAAAGAUUCCAACGGCUACAUCCUAGAUGAUGAUGGUCCAAAAAAAUGGGUUCCAGUUCCAAAGGAUUAUUGGGUUGAAAACCAAAAGACGCAUAUGGCCCAUGUUCCUAUUCCAGUGACACAGAAUGAUAUUAAGCUAGUUGCCGAUGUGGAUGAUCCUCAGCAAGAAGGAAAAACUAAAGUUGUUGCAGUAAGAGACGUUGUAUUUCGUGGGUCUUACUAUGAUGAAAACUACAAGCGCAUGAUGCCGUAUAGAUGUGUAGCCGGUCAAGAGAACCUGGUGAUUCCAUGGCCGAAACCCAGAGAGAGUGAAGAUGGUGUGCUGGCGACAGACUCAGAAGUUGCAAGAACGCAGACGUUCUUUGUGGAAUCUAUCGUGAAGCAACCUAUUCCAGAAGAUGCAUUUUUAAAUAUCCGUAAUCCUAAGUCUAGGUACAGGAGAGGAACUUUGACUAGUAGAGAUAUUGCUAAGUUGGUUGGUCCUGAGAUGCCAAUGACCAAAGCUAGAGAGGCCUACAUUAAAGAGAAGGACGAGUUGCGCCGUCGUGAAAAACCUAAAUUGACCGAUGAUGACAUGGAACUGAUUGGAUCACGUUUAUAUAAACAUUUCGCUGGUAAAGUGUAA